GGGUUUGAUAAAAGACCAUACCAAUUGCUAACUUUCCGUCCAUAUAUUUCUCCGGCGAACUUCUCGGCGAUUUCUAUCUCCGGCAAACUAUUCGGCGAUAUCAUCUCCGGCCAAAUUGAGUUGUCUCAAACAUUUCAACUCGUCGAGAUAGGCUGGCUUCCAUAACACAAUUGAGAAGGACUCAUGAUCUCCAUCCAACUAUGUUGCCGUUCUUUAUCUACUCACUUACAUCAUCUUUGUUCCCUACCUACUGGUCCUUUUUCUUCUUUCCGCAUCUCUCUCUCCUCUCUAUCUCAGGUGAUAACCAAAAGGUCUGCUCAAAAUGCACACCAAGAAAAUCCUGUUCUCCUUAACUACCUAAUAAACAAGUUGGACUUUCCAAAACCCAAAGCCCUGGCCAUAUCCAAUCGUUUACAUUGGGUCAGAAGUGUUGAAAAACCUGAAUUGACUGUAAACUUCUUCAAGUCCAUUGGAUUCACAGAUCCACAAAUCCAAUCUGCUGUUUAUAAUGCCCCCCAAAUCCUUCUUGCUAAUGUUGAAAAAAUACUCAAGCCAAAGAUCCAGGUAUUACAAGAAUUGGGUAUCACUAGUUCUGAUCUGGGUAGGCUUGUGUCCACAAAGGCGGUGAUACUAUUAACACGUAGCCUGGACAGAAUACUAAAGCCUUCCAUUGAAGUUCUCAAUAAAGUCCUUAUAAAGGGUCCUGAUAAUGGUGAUUGGUUCCGGGUUCUGCGAAGGUGUGAUUGGGUUUUUUAUGGACCUCCUCACUUGAGACUUGUUCCUAAUAUUUCAUAUCUGCAGAGUGUUGGAAUUGUUGGGUCUCAACUAUCAUCACUCUUGAAGAGGCAACCUCAUCUUUUUGCUACGCCUGAAUCUAGGCUUAAAAAACUUGUCUCUGAACUUAUUGAUAUGGGGUUUUCCACUGAUUCAAGAAUGUUGGUGCAUGGCCUUCAUACUCUAAGUUCUAUGAGUCAAGAAUCUAUUUCGAGGAAAUUGCUAUUACUUCAGAGUUCUGGCCUCUCCAAAAGUGAGUGCAUGGUAAUGUUUAGGAGGGCACCACCCUUGUUCCGAGUUUCAGAGAAGAAAAUAAGACUCGGACUAGAGUUCUUCUUGGAAAAAGUGAAGUUAAAGAAUUCAACUUUAGUACAGUAUCCUACUCUUUUGAUGUUUAGUAUGGAGGAGAGAGUGAUUCCGAGAUAUCAAGUUUUCCAGCUGAUAAAGUCGAAAAAGCUUAUGAAGAAAGACCCACAUUUUUAUGAUGUGAUGCGUUUGACAGAGCAAGUCUUCUUGGAGAAGUAUGUAUCGAGGUUUACAGAAAAUGCAGAGGAAUUGUUGAAGGCUUACAAGGGCCAUCGUCUAGAUUUAGGAGAAGAGUAAGAGUGUUUACUGGAAAAUUACAAGGGCCAUCGUCUAGAUUUAGGAGAAAGUAAGAGUGUACUGGAAAAUUUGCCUGCAAUUUUAGAGUAAGACUUUACUGGAAAAUUUGCUUGCAA